AUGGCGGCAAAGGGAGUCCUAAAGUUCUUACUCUUGGCCACACUUCUGGCGUUGUUUUCGUCCCCAGGUGUGUAUCGUCAUCUUAUAUGAUGCAGGCAGGAGGAUACCACCAAGGGUAUCGCGUACCCGUUGUGAUCCAAUUUUUCAGUAUCUGUUUCAAUCUAGUCAGGGACGGACGUAACAGUCUCGUCGGGGUCUUCAUUCGUCCCUUCUCUCCUCAAAACAAAAGACCUCUAGUCCUUGCGUUUUGACUGGAGAUUAAAUCUGUGGCGCGUGAAUACAGGCCUUGCCCAGCCGAAGUGCUCUCGGAGUACGUUUUGCUUCGGAGAUGCUGGGAGCUGCAGCGACGGUGGCUGUGCUGAAAGGUGUCGAUAUAUACCCGAGGGAGCCAACAAGGCGUGCUGUGACUUCGAAGGAAACUGCUGCUGCCACAAGUAG